CACAUCAUCAUCCCCUCCCAGCAUGCCAUUAUCUGAUAUAUCUCUUGACUUCACAAUUUAGAUCUCUCUCUUUAACUUAAAAAAAGAGUUCGUUGGCAGCUCAAGUUUGAGGUGGACUGAGCCCAAAUGGCAACUCUCAACUCAAGUGUCUUGGCCUGCAAGUACUCCAUCUCGGGAUCCGGAGCCUCCGGGCUUACCUCGAGGAUCAGCUCGGUCUCGACGGGGGUGUCGAACGGUGUGAAGCUGCCUGUGAUCAGAGCCCAGCAGGCUAAGGAGGAGACCUCUGCGACUGAAGGCAGGAGGGCUGCUCUUGGGUACUUGGCUGCCACCAUCUUCGCUGUUGCCGCCUCCGCUUCCUCCGCAAAUGCUGGCGUUAUCGAGGAGUACCUCGAGAGGAGCAAGGCCAACAAGGAAUUGAAUGACAAGAAGAGGCUGGCCACGAGCGGGGCGAACUUCGCAAGGGCGUACACCGUCGAGUUUGGAACCUGCAAGUUCCCCGAGAACUUCACCGGCUGUCAGGAUCUCGCCAAGCAAAAGAAAGUGCCGUUCAUCAGUGAUGAUUUGGAUGUGGAGUGCGAAGGAAAGGACAAGUACAAGUGUGGUUCGAAUGUUUUCUGGAAAUGGUGAAUAGAGAUUUGAAAUUGAAAUCUCCAGCAAUCCUGAAAAUGAAUUAUAACCCUGUACUUAAUCUUCUACCAUUAGUUUAAACUUUAAACACUGAAGAGCAUUUGUUCGGUUAGUUGUUGAUCAUCGUAAUUUCUUUCCUGAUCGCUUCCUUAUGGUUCUUAUUCAAGAGGGAUCGGUCGAUCACCUCUGAUUUGAGAAUUUUAAGGAUGAAUUCGAGAGGUGAAUGAUCUAGAAUGGUCACCACGAAAGACAGUGUGAGAAAUACUCCAUUACAACACGAAUUUGUGGAUCCGAUUGCAGCAAAAUAAGGAUCACAUGGAGGAAAGAAAAUCAUUUAA